AUGCUGACACUGGCACCUGUCAUUGUGAACUCAUACCAAGUUCUAGUCUUCCACUUGGUUCUGGAAUGGAGAACUCAGAAGUGCCUUCUGAAGACUAGGAAGGUUGUUGGAUGUUUCCUGAAACUCAUAUUUCUCAGCUUGAUGGGAGGUGAUUUUACCCAUGGUGAUGGACAAGGUGGAGAGUCAAUCUAUGGUGAGAGGUUUGCUGAUGAGAACUUUAAACUGAAUCACACUAGUCCAGGACUUGUGUCAAUGGCAAAUGCUGGGCACGACUCCAAUGGAUCGCAAUUCUUCAUUACAACAGUAGCAACUCAUUGGUUGGAUGGCAGACAUGUUGUGUUUGGCAAGGUGUUUUCCAGGAUGGAGGUGGUCUACAAAAUUAAAGAGCUGGCACAUGGAAAUGGCCACAGAAAAAUGAUUGUUGUUGGGGAAGACGACACCACAGACCUUUGGGUGGUACGACAACAACCCUCAGUAGCCGCUAGACCGUUGGAGGGGACGUCUUCUCAUGAGGAGGUUAGGAGAGAAGAUGAUGAGAUUUUGAGGCAGUUGCAGAGCACUCAGGCUCGUAUUUCUAUUUGGAGCUUGCUGGCAUCUUCCAGCAUUCAUAGAGAUGCAUUGAUUCGAGCCUUAAGCCAGAUCAAAGUCGAGACUACCACCACUCCGAGGGGUUGA